GACUUGGAGCAGGACCACACCUGUGGGACUCUGGCUGCAGGAGCUGCUCCGUGCUGCUCUCCCUUCCCUUCCAGCGCCUCAAAGUUCUGCCUGAGGCAUGGGGACCAGGGAAUGGAUGCUUUCGACCUUCAUGGGAUGCUGCCUAUGGAUUCUGCAUGGGCUGGGGACCACCACCGCUGUCCCUGUUACCACAGAGGGACCAUUUGCUGCCACUCCAUCGCAGAGCGAGGCACCCACUGCCCUGCUGCUGGGCACUGUGGGGACAAGAACUGUCAGUGACACCGUGAUGGCUGAGAGCAUCCUCGUGAGUCCCAGCGUGAGCCCAUCCUUCCCCUCCUGGGCUGAGCCAGAUUCAGUGACCGAGACCACUGGUUACAACUCUUCUCUGGGUGCAGAGAGAGAUGCAGAGCUGAGCACUGGGGAAGUGACACAGGCACCUACUGAAGUCCCUCAGGUUGGAACGGAUGUGGCCACAUCUCUUGAUGCAACACAGAAAAACCAGAGUGGUUUGGCAGCUGCCACAGCUGCUGCCAUUGUUGUCACCCCACAGCCCAACUUUACUCCCAGCACCAAGCACAACGUAACAGGGACCACCGCUGCUGCACCCUCGGGGAGAACCUCUAUCUUUGCAGAUGUCCCAGCAUCCACAAUAACUGCAGGAGGUGGCUUGGAGUCCACAACUGAUGCCAUGUUCCUCCCCAGUGUCACCAUUCCUACAGCUGCAGGGACACAGGCGCUGACCACCACCCCCCUGCACCCCCAUGUCACUGCUCUGCCCCCAGCUGCAGGAGCAGAGGUAGAAGGUGUCACCCUGCCUGGGGAUAGCAAAGGGGAUGGACGUGCCCUCUCAUCAAUCCCCAGCCUUGGUGCCAGUGGGUUUCUCCCAACACCGUGGACCAAGGUUGUGAGUGGAACCGUGGGUGACACCCUAGGGUGGGCAGCUUUGGAGUCCGGAGAUGUGGGAGACGCAGCAAAUGGUGUCUUCAGCACAGCUGAUACAUCACAGCUGCCUCCAGAGAGUGUGGCAGCAUUGGAAACAGCAGAAAACCCAGGGCAGAGCUCCCUUCUCACCAAUCAGGCAGGACCAAGCCCUGCUAAUUUGCUAGGACCUGGUGAUGGGGACAAGCAGGGGGCCCCAACAGUGUUGCUAUCUGGCCCUGGCUCAGCCCUGUCAGACAGUGAGGCACCUGCAGCACCUGGGGUGAGAGGGGACACAGCCACUCUGCUGCCAGGCACCGAUGUGCAGAGUGAUGCAGACGUCCCAGAUGCAGGCACUAGCGUGCCCCUGUCCACAGGGGCUGUAAAUCUAGCCAAAAGCUCCCAGCAGCCAGCCCCAUGGCUGAGCCCCACCAGAGAAGAGCAAUCACUGCUUGGUGCUGAUCCACCAGCCCCUACAGGCACCUCUGGUGCACCCAGCACUGCUUUCCCACCCCCAGGGGUUGCAGCUGGAUCCCUUCUGCAAACUGAUGGCACAGAGGCAGUGGUGAGCCCUGACUACGGUGCUGAUCUAGGAGUAUCUCUAUCCCCAUUCCUAGAGGAGUCACAGCCAUGGGGGACAGCAACUGACAGACCCAGCACCAGCCUGAACUCAGCUUUGGGUGCGACCAACCCAUCAUCUUCUGCACCUGAUGGCACAGCAUUGUUUGCUGCAGGGCAACAGGCAGAGGGGAACACAGGAGCAGGGGACACAACACAGGCAGAAAAUGCAGGAGAUGGCAGCCCCUAUGUGAACAUCCAGAGUGACACGAGUCCUGCAGCCACCAGCAUCCAGCAGGGUCCCACUGACAACACACCAGGAGCUGUGCUCCAUACUGAACUGUCUCCUGCCCCAGCUCCUGGGGAAGGAGAGCUGGAACCAGCACUGUCCCCAAACAGUCCUGCAGCUGCCAGCCAUGACCUGUUUGGGGAUGGAGGAUCAGGACCCCUGCCCAUUGAGGCCCUUGGUGCCCCUGGUGCUGCUCUCCCACCUCCAGCUGCUGUGGAUGGUGCUGUGUUUGAGGCCAACAAUGGAGCAGAGGCAGCAGUGAGUCCCGACCUCGGUGCUGCCCCAGGAGAACCUGCGUCCUCAUCCCUUGAUGUAUUACAGCCGUGGGACACAGCAGCUGGUGCUCCUGAGGACUCAGCUCUCCCUGGGGCUGAGGGACCAGACACUGGCAUCAAUUCAGCAUUGAAUACCCCCAGCUCAGCAUCAUCUGGACCUGUGGGCCCACCAUCUCCCAGCUUUGGCAUACAGCCUGGCACAGGUCUGGGGAUGCCAGGAGUUGAUGGACCUGACACCAGCUUGAGUUCAGCUUUGGGUGCCACCAACCCAUCAUCUUCUGCACCUGAUGGCACAACACUGCCUGCUGCAGGGCAACAGGCAGAGGGGAACACAGGAGCAGGGGACACAACACAGGCAGAAAAUGCAGGAGAUGGCAGCCCCUAUGUGAACAUCCAGAGUGACACGAGUCCUGCAGCCACCAGCAUCCAGCAGGGUCCCACUGACAACACACCAGGAGCUGUGCUCCAUACUGAACUUUCUCCUGCCCCUGCUCCUGGGGAAGAAGCCCUGGCACCAGCACUGUCUCCAGGUGGUCCUUCAGCUCCUGGCCACGACCUCUCUGGAGCUGGAGGAUCAGGACCCCUGCCCAUUGAGGCCCUUGGUGCCCCUGGUGCUGCUCUCCCACCUCCAGCUGCUGUGGAUGGUGCUGUGUUUGAGGCCAACAAUGGAGCAGAGGCAGCAGUGAGUCCCGACCUCGGUGCUGCCCCAGGAGAACCUGCGUCCUCAUCCCUUGAUGUAUUACAGCCGUGGGACACAGCAGCUGGUGCUCCUGAGGACUCAGCUCUCCCUGGGGCUGAGGGACCAGACACUGGCAUCAAUUCAGCAUUGAAUACCCCCAGCUCAGCAUCAUCUGGACCUGUGGGCCCACCAUCACCUGACAUUGGAGCGCAGCCUGGCACAGGUCUGACAGCGCCGGGAGCAGAGGGGCAGGUGCUGGGAGGAGUGAGCAGUGCAGCUAUAUUUGAGCCAUCCCUGAGCUCCUCACCAGGCACUGGGCUGAAGGCUGGAACGGAGCUGCUGCCUGCUGCUCUGUCCCCAUCGAGUCCUGCCUCCCCCAGUGAUGUGCUCACAGCUCCCUCUGCUUCAGAUACAGCUGGUCCAAGUGUCCUGGGAGGAGCAGGUGGUGCUCCCAGUGCUCUGCAGCCCUCCCUGGUUGCUGCACCCGGGCUCCAUUCUGCUGCAGGAGGAGUGCGUGAUGGAGCUGAGGCUGUCUCUGCAGAUGGAGAAGCUCCAGGGCAAUCUCAGGACCAAACUGGGACAGGAGCAGCUGUAGCCUCUGAUGGAAGGCAGGGAUCUACACUGAUCUCUAUAUCUUCCUCCCCAUCUGCUCAUGGAUCUUCAUUACCUGAAGCAGCUGCUGGAGCAGAUACAGGAGCAGACAUCCCCAGAGCUGGUGGAGCUGGCUCAAGCUCAGGCUUUGGGGCUACUGCUCUCCAGAGCAACAAGGAAAUACCCAUCCUUCCCCCCACCACCCAAAGCAAUGCCCAUGUUGGACCUCCUGAUGCCAAACUCAGCCAAGUCAACGUGGUAGAGCUGGCUGGAGGCAAACUGGAAGCCUCAGCCCAGGGAUCACCUCCUGCCAGUGGGGGAACCGGGCUGGGAACUGUCAUCCAGAUCGCCUCGGGAGUGUCGUCCCCCUCCAUCCCCACCUCACCCCAGGAGACACAGCCCCUGGUCCCACUGGCUCCAGCUGCCUCCAGCCCAUUGAUGGUGGCUGCAUCUGCCUCUGCCAGGGGGGUUGGGGACAGCUCAAUUCCCAACGCAGGCCCCGCCUCUGCCUCCAGUACCCAGAGUGGAAGCAGCCUCCCAGCAGUGCCACAGCCCCCUGUGGAUGAGACAGCUUCUGGGAUGCUGGCUCCACUGGGAGAAGAGCUCCAACAUGCCCCUAAUGCUGCCCCAGCUCUGCCUUCUGCAUCCGAAAGAGAAAACCUAAAGGAGGGAGCAGCCACCAGUCCCCAGCUCUCCUCUCUGAUUUCAGCAACUCCUGGACAGCCGGCUGCUACCCCGACCCCACCGCCACUUCCCCCAGUCCCAGCGGUACCCUUCUAUAGGUAUGGAGCGAGAGAGAAUGACCACGAAUAUGUGCAAAGGAGAGUGGACUUCAAUUCCCCACUUUUCAAGCCCGAGAUCGGAUUCCCGUUUGGGAAAACCCUGCGUGAUUCUCUCUACUUCACAGACAACGGGCAGAUUAUCUUCCCAGCCUCCGACAGCAGCAUCUUCACACUCCCCAACCCACCUGCCCGUGGAUUCACCGGCCAUGAGAGUGUUCCUAUGAUCGCUGUGUUCUGGGACAAUGCUGACUUCUCCAGGGGCACCGGCACCACCUUCUACCAGGAGUUCCUCACCCUGAACUCAGAGAAGCCACCAUUCAUCCGUGACGUGGAAGCGAAGGUCCGGCACUAUCUGAGGUCCUCCUACUCUGCAGCCUGGACCCUGAAGAUCACCUGGGAGAAGGCACCUGCCUACGGGGCACGUGGUGACAGCCGCAGGACAAACACAUACCAGGCUGUCCUCACCACUGAUGGCUUCAGGUCCUAUGUCCUGAUUCUGUACAAGGAUGGAGGAAUGCAGUGGGACUACACCCAGCUGCCGGCCACCAAUGUGCUGAUCGGCUACACCAGUGGGGAUGGGCAUUACCGCAAUGAUGACCUGACCCAAGGAUCUCCAGCUGCAAAAUAUCGCCCUGAUCGCUACAGAGGCUACAAUACAGAUCUUCGUGGGCUGUGGCUGUACAAGCUGGAGAGCCGUGUGGGCAUCAACUACCGCCUGAAGUGCCUGGCUUGGACGAGGCAGCAGCAGGAGCCGCAGGAAUGGAGCCAGGACCUGCCUGCCUGCCCCUGCUCCCUGCAGCAAGGCCAGCAGGACCGGCGCUUCAGGAGUGGCCAUGGAGGCUGGGGGUCUGCUCGUGUCUCCAUGCUGCACUCUGCUUCGCCCAACUCACACGGUGCUGGUGUGCGCUGCCUGUACGAUGGCCGGGGGCAGCUGGUGGAGGGGCGGCAGGAGAGAUACUGGAGGGCGUACCGACAGGCAUCCCCAUAUCGUGAUCAGGAGCUGAAGCUGUAUGAUUGGUGCUGCAACCAAGCAGGGAGCGCUCGCCUCUGUGCCCGCUACAACGAGAAGAGACCACGGAUUGGAUGCGAUGGGUACCGGGCACACAGUGCAGAGGAUUCCUCAGAAGACAGCGACUCGAAGGAGCAGAGAGAUGAGGAGGAGGAGUAACUUGCGGGUCACAUACACACAACACACUCUGCGCCGUGGAUGAUCCUCCAAACCCUUCACUUCCAUUUGUACCCUGCAUGCCUCUGCUCCCUCAAUGAUGGAACAGGCACUGUCAUCAUGUUCCUUGCCCCUGCUCUCCUGCCUGAGGCUGGCACUACAGGGGAUUUUAACCCCCAGCAUCUGGGCCUUCACACCUUGCAUUGAUUCAACCCUGUGAUUGGAAAUAAUAGGAGAAAAAUAAUAUUGCGUGCGUGAGAACACCUGAAUUCUUGCAAAAGCACCAAAGUUCUUCUCAGGUUGCAUUCCUUCAAUAAAGCAUCAGAGGGUCUGAGCAUCA